CAAACACAGAAAAAUUCCUGGUGAAGCGACUGAGAUCCACGUGAAUAUUAUAAAGAUGGCAUUUAUUAAGGAGGAGAAUGAAGACAUGAAGAUUGAAAGAGCAUUCAGUGUGAAGCAAGAAGAUACUGACACACAAACAGACCUGAUGGCACCCAAAGAGGAGAGUGAAGAACUGAAAGAAAUGGAAGAGAAAGACCAGACACAUAAUUUCAUGACUGGAGAAAAAUCCACGCAGACUGAAAAGAUUUCCUCACGAAAAAAGACUAAGAUGACCAAAUCUAAAUGUUCUUUCAUCUGCCCACAGUGUGGAAAACGUUUCACUCAAAAAGCAAACCUUAAAGUCCACAUUAGAAGUCACACUGGAGAGAAGCCUUUCACCUGUAAACUGUGUGGGAGGAGCUUCUCGCGAAAAGAAAGUCUUAAGAUUCACAUGACAAUUCACACUGGAGAGAAGCCAUUUGUAUGUGGUCAGUGUGGAAAGAGUUUCAGAUGUAAGGAAAUCCUUAAUUCCCACACGAGGGUCCACUCGGAAGAGACCCAUUUUAGAUGUCAUCAGUGUGGAAGGAUUUUCCGAUUCAAAAAAAACCUCAAUACUCACAUGAGAGUUCACUCUGGAGAGAAGCCUUACUCAUGCCAUCACUGUGGAAAGCGUUUCGUUCAUAAAGUAAGCCACAAGAAUCACAUGAAGAUUCACAAUGAAGAGAAGCCAUUCAUGUGUGCUCAGUGUGGAACAUGUUUCAAGUAUAAAGCAACCCUUAAUGCCCACAUGAGAGAUCACACUGGAGAAACUCCGUUCACCUGCAAGUUGUGUGGGAAGAGCUUCUCACAUAAAGGAAAUCUGAAGACUCACAUGAGAAUUCACACCGGAGAGCAGCCAUUCACAUGUGAACAGUGUGGAAAGAGUUUCAUACGUAAAGAAACCCUUGAUUCCCACAUGAGAGUUCACACUGGAGAGAGCCCUUACAGCUGCAAAGUGUGUGGGAAUGGCUUCUCACGAAAGGGCAAUCUUAAUACGCACAUGAAAAUUCACACCGGUGAGAAGCCGUUCGUUUGUGACCAGUGUGGAAAGAGUUUUGGACGUAAAGAAACACUUAAUUACCACAUGAGGAUUCAUUUAAGAGAGAACAGUUUAACAUGUCAUGAGUGUGGAAAGAGUUUCACAGAUAGUAAUCUCCUUAAGAAGCAUGUAGUAAUUCACAUCGGGGAUAAGCCUUUCAUGUGUUAUUUCUGUGGAAAGACUUGUAAAACCAAAUCAAACCUUGAGAAUCACAUCAAAGUUCACACUGGAGAGAAGCCUUUCACCUGCCAAGAGUGUGGAAAAGGUUUUACAGUUAAAGGAAACCUUCACAUUCACAUGAGAGUUCACACCGGAGAGAAGCCUUACAUUGUGACAUGCAAUGAUCUUCUAGGAUUGCUAAAAUUAUUCAGUGUGUCUUGGGCUUAA